AGGGACAAGGGGAGCAAAAUACCCAGACUCACUUUGUACCAAGUAUGAGCCAGUAGCCAGCCCAGGCCACAUCUGGAGAGCUGGGGUGGGUGGCAGAACAUCCCAUCAACACCCAGCCCACACCCCGUCCCUAAUACUCAGGGGACCCAGCGAUACCCAGACCUAGCAGCCUGAGUAGUAAUCAUCUGAGACGGGGUCAGUUGCCAUAUUCACCCACCCCUACCCCUUUCACCCUUGCCUGCCUGUCCACCAGCCCCCAUGCCCCACAUCGCCUCUGACUCCCAAGUUCCAGUGCCUAUGCAGAUGGCCCAGAGUGGGCAGUCUUCACGCCAGCCCUCAGGCAAAGACGUCUCCCCAAGUAUCAUCAGGGUGUUGGUGAAGACGCCUAAUGCCCAGGAGGAAUUUGUGGUGUCCGACGAUACUACCGUGAGUCAGUUCAAAGAGGCCAUCUCGGCCCAGUUCAAGUGCAAUGUUGACCAGCUAGUGCUGGUAUUUGUGGGCCGCAUCCUGAAAGAUCAGGACACUCUGUACCAGAGGGGUAUCUUGGAUGGCUACACAGUCCAUCUGGUCAUCAAGUCCAAGAACAGUCCCUCAUCCCAGUCCUCGGGGUCCCAUGGGCCACCUCCCCUGGAGAAUUGCCCUCGUGAGGGAAUAGGAAAGGUAGUGGGCAGUGGGGGGCGGCAGCCCAGCUGCACUAACCGAAACACAUUGUCCCUAAUACCACCUCUUGGGCCUGAGAAGCCCAAAGCCCCAAGUCAGGUUCCACAGCCACACACCACACACACUCCAGAGAGGAUGGCCCAGAUGCUUGAGAGUCCAGUCAUCCAACAGCUCCUCUCCAACACUGAGUUGAUGAGGCAGUUGAUCAUGGACCACCCCGAGGUACAGCAGCUGAUGAAACAGAAUCCUGAAGUAGGCCACAUCCUUGACAACUCAGAAAUUCUGCGGCAUACCCUUGACCUGGCCAGGAAUCCAGCCAUGAUGCAAGAGAUGAUUCAGAGACCAGAUAUGCCACGAACCCCAGAAGGGUUCUGGGGUAAUGAGACAAACCCUGGAGGGGACAAUGCCCUGGGGCGAAACUAUACAGAAAUCCCUGAUUCAUUAUUUGGUGGUAUGCAGGAUCCUUUGCGGGACAAUCUUUUCUCAGGGCUCAUGCGUGGGCCUACAUCAGUUGGAGGCAUCUCCAAACAUAAGACCUCAGAGAAGCAGGAUUCAACCACUGUGCCCCGAGUUAUGCACCAUUCCUCCCACGGCUCUCUCCCUAGAGGCCCAGUUCCUGUUCCUUUUCCUUUUCCUGCUCCUACUUCUGCUGCCCCCAUGACCAAUGCCCCAUCUGCCACUUCCAAAAGUCAAAGCCGGGCACGCUCCAGUGGCAUCCAAGGCAUUCCUGCUCUGACCAGUGCUGAAUCUCCUGAGCAGAGCAAGACAGACAAAACCUUUCAGAACCUUGUAGAUGAUCCACAGCAGCAAGAAGAGAUGAACAAUGGGUCUCGAUUUACAGGAAACAUGCUCCAGUUACUGGUGCAGAACCCACAUCUAGCAGCACAGAUGAUGCUGUUCAUGGGAUCACCUCAGCUCUAUGAGCAGAUGCGACAACAGCUACCCACCAUUCUGCAGCAGAUGCAGCUGUCAGACCUGCUGCUGGCCCUGGCAAACCCCAAAGCAUCUCAGGCACUACUGCAGAUUGAGCAAGGUCUCCAGAUGUUGUCCACAGAAGCUCCAGCCUUGUUGCCAUGGCUCACUCCAUACCUGUGGGGCUUAGGGCGGAAUGCCUUCCCUGAGACAGCCACAGCAGGGACUCAGAGCAAAGACCCUUCUAACAUGCCCAGCAGGGGCAAGAGUGAUGCACGCUACCAGCCGAUUGCCAUCCUGCAGCGUCUUCAGGCUCUUGCAGGAGGCUACUCCCAGCAAAUGCAGCCUCCUGAAGUUCGCUUCCGCCCACAGAUGGAGCGCCUGAGAGCCAUGGGCUUCCGAAACCAAAAUGCCAACCUUCAGGCUUUGAUUGCCACUGAAGGGGACACCAGUGCUGCUGUUCGUAGACUCAAGCGAUCUCAAGCAUCUUAGUUGUCUUGUUCCCCUUCUCAUGUCUCCCUGCCCCUUCCCCUGGGUUUGCCUGUCCUGGGAAAUGACAAAACAGCUAGAUCCUUUCCCCAUGGAACAACUGACCAUUGGCCACAGUGGAAAUAAAGUGUGAUGGCUACAUGUGA